AUGGAAUUUAAGAGAGAUAAGCCUAAACCAAACUCAAACAGAUUUAAAAAGAUCACUUAAAAACUUGGCAUGCAAUCAUUAAACAAAGAAGAAAAAUUUGAUGAAGGAAUGAAAGACUUUCAAAAUUUAGAUACAUUUUUCACAGUCACAGAUUUACUGAAAGAUAUGAAUAAAGACUAACCAACCCCGGAGAGAUAAGCCUUAUUUGAAAGCUAAUAAACAUUAAUUAAAACCAAACUAUAGCUUAAAAAAUGGAAAUCAGAAUACCCUGAUUAUCUGAAGUUUGAUACUAAACCUCCUUAAACUUCGUAUCGAAAUAAGGUCGCUCUAUUAUAAAAAGCAUAAACUCAUCUGAGUUUGGAUAAAUAUGAACCUUAGUUAUGUAAAGAGGUUGAGAAUUUAUCAACUUUAUUAAAGGAUAAAUUUAGAAAUGUUGAUAUGAAGGAAUAUCCACAACUUUAAUUAUUCUAGGAAAUCAGUCAAUUUGAGGAUUUAAGGGUAAGAACAGAAUUUGAUGAAAGCUUGAGAAAUAGUUAUGGUAAAGAUAGGCUUUCUUUGAAAUUAGAAUAAUUUGAAUAAAAGCCGACUGUCUCGUAUGAUACAUAUUAUAAGAAUUAUCAUAAUUAAGCUGAAUAAUUAAGAAAUCGACUUCGACAAUAGUAAAUGAAUUUUUUUAAUUAAAAAUGGGGGAACUCUGUAGUGAAAAUGAAAAUGAAAGAAGCUUAGGAUAGAAGAGGGUUGUUAGAAAAGGCAAAAUAAGUCAGAAGACCUGCAGUAACUAAAAAAGUGGCAUUGCCUUAUCUAGCCCCUAUUAUCAAAAAUAUUAUAACUGAUAUCUGCACUGAAGAAGCAGAAAUGAUGGAAUAAAAAAGACUUAUAAAAAAUGAUAUUAGAGAAUUAGCAAAGAUUUGUUCUGACUUUUAUGAUCCUAAGCCUGAGCCACAAAUAAUGGGAUUAAGAAUUAUUAAUUCUUGA